CAACUCUCUCACAUUAAUAUUUCUAUUUUCCAUUGCAUGUUUCUUUUGCAUAUUCAACACACCCAAGUUCUUCUCAAUGGAAGUGGAACCAACCAAAUUCAUAUCAUCAUUUUUAUUCUUAUUCCUAUUACUAGCAUCUAAAUCCUUCACUGCAGAAUCAAAAUGUAGCAAAACCUGUGACAUAGCUUUAGCUUCUUAUUAUCUAUGGUUUGGUUCAAAUCUCACAUAUGUUUCAAAAAUCAUGCAAUCCAACCUUGUUACAAAACCUGAAGAUAUUGUCAGCUACAACACAGACACAAUCAAGAACAAAGAUUUGGUCCUCUCUGACACAAGAGUGAAUGUUCCAUUCCCUUGUGAUUGCAUCAAUGAUGAAUUUCUUGGUCACACAUUUCAGUACCAUGUUGGUACAGGUGAUACCUAUUUGUCUGUUGCUAAUAGGAAUUACUCCAAUUUGACAACUUCUGAGUGGUUGCAUAGGUUUAAUAUCUAUCCACCAGAUAGUAUUCCUGAUACCGGAACUCUUAAUGUUACUGUUAAUUGUUCUUGUGGGAAUAGUGAUGUUUCUAAGGAUUAUGGUUUGUUUAUUACUUAUCCUCUUAGAAUUGAGGAUUCUUUGGAAUUGAUUUCGAAUAAGACUAAAGUUGAUGCUGAGUUGCUGAAGAAGUAUAACCCUGGUGUGAAUUUUAGUCAAGGGACUGGUUUGGUUUAUAUUCCCGGGAAAGACACAAAUGGUAACUAUGUGCCUCUUCAGACAAGCACUGAAGGUCUAUCAGGUGGAAUUAUCAUUGGAAUAUCUCUCGGAGCAGUAGCGGGACUAAUGCUAUUAGGAUUUUGUAUUUAUAUUACAUGUUACCGAAAGAAGAAUGUACAGAAUCAAGAAUUUCUCUCAGAAGAAACCAGCGCGAUCGUUGAAGUCUCUGGUAAUGCUGCAUAUGGAACUUCAGAUUCUAUGAGUCCUGCUAAUAUCAUUGGCAUUAGGCUGCAAAAGUCAGGGGAGUUUUCGUAUGAAGAACUAGCUAAUGCUACGAAUAACUUCAAUUUGGCUAACAAAAUCGGUCAAGGAGGUUUCGGUGAAGUCUAUUACGCCGUGUUGAAUGGAGAGAAAGCUGCAAUAAAAAAGAUGGACAUGAAAGCAUCAAAAGAAUUUCUUGCCGAGCUUAAGGUGUUGACGCGUGUUCAUCACUUGAACUUGGUACGGUUGAUUGGAUAUUGCGUCGAAGGAUCGCUUUUCCUUGUGUACGAAUACAUUGAAAAUGGAAACUUGAGUCAACGUCUUCGCAGUUCAGAUGGAGAACCUUUGUCAUGGACGGCGAGGGCUAAAAUUGCUCUGGAUUCAGCAAGAGGUCUUGAAUACAUUCAUGAACAUACCGUGCCUACUUAUAUUCACCGUGACAUAAAGUCCGAAAAUAUUUUGUUAGAUAAGAACUUCUGUGCUAAGGUUGCAGAUUUUGGAUUAACCAAGCUGAUUGAAGCUGGAAGUUCAUCAGUUCCUACUGCUAAUAUGGCAGGCACAUUUGGUUACAUGCCACCAGAAUAUGCAUAUGGUAGUGUUUCUUCAAAAAUAGAUGUAUAUGCUUUUGGAGUUGUUCUUUAUGAACUAAUUUCUGCUAAAGGAGCUGUGAUAAUGGGAGGUGAAUCUGGUGCUGAUUUAAAAGGCCUAGUAGUUUUGUUUGAUGAAGUUUUUGAUCAACCAAAUCCUAUAGAAGGUUUUAAAAAACUGGUGGAUCCUAGGCUAGGGGAUAACUAUUCAUUUGAUUCAGUUUUAAAGAUGGCACAACUUGCAAAAGCAUGCACAGAGAGUGAUCCACAUCAACGUCCAAAUAUGAGCUAUGUUGUAGUUGCUCUUACUACAUUAACUUCAACAACUGAGGAAUGGGAUAUAACUUCUAUAUACAAAAAUCCAAAUCUUGUAAAUUUAAUGUCAGGAAGAUAAAUAGGAAUAGGAAUUUAGGAUGCAGAAGGUUAACAAUGAUUGCUCAAUCCGGCUCCAAACAAAAUUGGGCAUUUGAUAAACAUUAGGAACAAAUUUUAUGAAAUAUAAUUUAUUUAGCGAGACCUUGAGCUCGCUUAGCGAGCCUUCCUUUCUUCACCUCUAAGUCAUGUCAUAUCAUCCUUAAGUGGACUUGGCUGCCAUUCAUUGUUUGGCGAGCCAUUCCAUCUCUCUUAGCAAGCAAACCAUUCCUUACUUGUGAAGUAACUUUUCCAAGAAAGACUAAAGAACCGCACCUCACUUAGGGAGGUUGUCAUUUUUCAUAACGAGCAAGUCCUGACUUUUCCCUGGAAUAGCUUAGACUUGAAGAAAUCUUUAACCGUCUUGCUUUGCCUGGCGAGGUUGGUGUCUCGCUUAGCGAGUAUCUUGUUUGUCUAUGAAAUAACUUAGCUCUAAAGAAAGCUUUGGCCACCAUUGCUCGCUUAGCGAGAUUCUAUUUUGCUUGAGAGAUCUUUGCUUCUUUGUUUUGUGAUUUCUUUGUUUAUUUUACCUGUAUUUUUUGAAUAUACAAUUAAAAAGUUCAUAUAGGUAUUUUAUAUUGUUUUAUUGAUGAA